CUUUCUUUCUUUCUUUUUUCUCUGUUAGGAAAAUCUGUUAGAAAGAGAAAGAGGGUUCUGGCUUCAACUUUACCUCCCAUUCCCAAAAUGCUACCACAAACAACUCAACAAAAUGGCCAUCAUUCUUACUACCCUACGACGUCGUCUUCCUCCUCCUCCUCUUCAGCCUCCUUAAAAGGCUGUUGCUGCUGCCUCUUCCUCCUCUUCUCCUUCAUUGCUCUUCUAAUCCUAGCUAUUGUUUUAAUCGUAAUCCUGGCCGUUAAACCGAAGAAGCCCCAGUUUGAUCUUCAGCAAGUUGGAGUUCAGUACGUGGGCAUCUCCGCACCCAAUCCCACCUCCUUGGACACCACCGCCGCCGCCGCCAACACUAUUUCCACUCAAACGGCGUCGCUUUCCCUCACAAUUCACAUGCUCUUCACCGCCGUUAACCCAAACAAAGUGGGCAUCAAGUACGGCGAGUCCAAGUUCACGGUAAUGUACCGUGGGAUUCCCUUGGGUAAAGCUUCGGUACCGGGGUUUUAUCAAGAGGCUCAUAGUGUGAGAAACGUUGAGGCCACCAUCGCCGUUGAUCGGGCCAAUUUGUUGCAGGCGGAUGCUGCUAAUUUAAUCAGAGACGCCUCUUUGAAUGAUCGUGUUGAGUUGAGGGUUUUGGGUGAUGUUGGCGCUAAGAUCCGCGUCUUGAACUUCGAUUCUCCCGGCGUUCAGGUAUCCGUGGAUUGCGCAAUUGUGAUAAGUCCAAGGAAGCAGUCUCUCACCUACAAGCAGUGUGGAUUUGAUGGCUUGAGUGUGUAGUGAAUGUGAAUUGAGAUAUUAUUAUUAUUAUUAUUACUAUACAAUUGAAGAAUUAAAAAAAAAAAAAAAAAAUUAUUUUCAACUUUGUCAACAGUGAGUGAAAAAAGGCAGAAGGGCUUUUCUCACAUGGAGUACUAGAAAAGCAAAGCUAGUCAAGAUGAUGAUGAUUCAGAAGAUUCUUCAUAGCUAAUCUCAUCAAUUAAUUUUUCCAACUAAAUUGUCUUUUCCUUUUUCAUAUUGGUUUCUUCUCUUGGAAGGAAAAUGUGCUAACUACUUGUAAAGUCGCGUGUGAACUCGUUCUCAUUUUAUCUUACUAUUUACCAAUCCUCUCUCCCUUUUCAUUUUCAUACAUUUUUUUUUCUUAUA